UCAAAAUGUCAGAUUUUCAGUCCGCGAUUUGACGUUUCGGUGUGUUGUGUUCGAAUUGUUUUUGCACAGUUUUUCCCAAAUUGCGCGAACUUGUAAACAGUUUUCGCCUGGAAAAUUGCAGUGCGUGAGUGUGUCGCGUCCCCACGAUAGGAUUUACCCCCCUGUCAGCUUGCGACUUGUCUGUGUCCAACGUGGGGGUCUCCACUUGAUUGCACUAUUAAAGCCCAGUCCGCCUCAAAUGGUCCACAGCACGUAGCCCAGAAGAAUGGAGCGCCACAGCGGCGGGGGCACUCUGCCCCAUUUAAGGGGGCGGCCGGUAUCCGGCUUGGAGGCGGCGCACGCCAAUGAAUACUUCGAGCCCUUCCUCAAUGCCACCACCUUGAAAAAUAUUCUAGGGUAUCACAGGUCGAUGUGCGAGUUUCUCCACUUGAAGCCCAACGUGUUCCCCCACUUCUACCCCAAGCUUCGGGCCAAUCUCACGUCGUGGAGGGCCAAAGCGCUUUGGAAAAAGUUCGACGCGCGCGCCUUCCACAAGUGCUACGCAAAAGGGAAAAUCUGCGCAGGAACCCGAGUGCUGGUGAUUGGGGCGGGGCCUUGCGGGCUGCGCACCGCCAUCGAGGCGCAGCUGCUGGGCGCUAAAGUGGUUCUGAUAGAGAAGCGCGAUCGCUUGUCCCGAAACAACGUCCUUCACUUGUGGCCCUUUGUGAUCGAAGAUCUGCGCAUGCUCGGCGCCAAGAAGUUCUUCGGGAAGUUCUGCGCGGGGGCGAUCGAUCACAUCAGCAUCAGGCAGCUGCAGUGCAUUCUACUUAAGGUGGCUCUGCUGUUGGGCGUGGAAGUUCACACGGAAGUCAGCUUCGAGCACCUGCUCGAGCCCAGUGCUGCUGAGAAGACCGGAUGGAGGGCGGAAAUCAAGCCGGAGAACCACCCGGUGGCGCAGUACGAGUUUGACGUCAUCAUUGGUGCGGAUGGCAAGCGCAACACCCUGCAAGGGUUCAAGCGGAAGGAGUUUAGAGGCAAACUGGCCAUUGCCAUCACCGCGAACUUCAUCAACAAGAAGUCGGAGGCGGAAGCGCGAGUGGAGGAGAUCAGUGGCGUCGCCUUCAUCUUCAACCAGAAGUUCUUUAAGGACCUGCAAGGGGAAACCCGCAUAGACCUGGAGAAUAUCGUCUACUACAAGGACGACACCCACUACUUUGUGAUGACCGCCAAGAAGGCCAGUUUAUUGGAGAAAGGAGUGAUCAAGCAGGAUUUGUCCGAUACUGAGAAGCUGCUGGCGCCGGAGAACGUCGAUCGGGACGCGCUGCAAAACUAUGCACGCCAGGCGGCCGAUUUCAGCACAAACUAUCAGCUGCCUCACUUGGAAUUUGCUGUAAAUCACUACGGACAGCCGGAUGUGGCCAUGUUCGACUUCACCUCCAUGUAUGCGGCAGAAUACGCCUCAAAGGUCGUGGAACGCCACGGAUCUAGACUACUGAUGAUCCUGGUGGGGGACAGUUUGCUUGAGCCGUUUUGGCCCACCGGAUCAGGCUGUGCGCGCGGAUUUCUCUCUUCCUUAGAUGCCGCGUGGGCGAUCCGGAGCUACUGCUCCGGGCAAAUGACUCCGCUGGACGUGCUGGCGGAGCGAGAGUCGAUUUAUCGGCUACUGGCCCAAACUACCCCCGAUAAUCUGAACAAGGACUGGAAAGCCUAUACUCUGGACCCAGCCACAAG